UUAACUGUGCCAUCAUCUGAAUUUGAAAAUGGAGUCACAAAUUGGGGUUGUUUUCGAGGAUUUUUUCCCAGCCAUGGUGGAGAAACUAGGAGCUGAAGGGUUCAUGAAGGAGCUGUGUAAUGGGUUCCGAAAACUAACUUCCAUCAAAUCUCCCGCAAACUCCUUUAAUGUCCAUCACACUCCACAUGGACUUGGCAAAGGAGGUUCUCCACAUGCAGGGGGUGGAGUUUGGGUCUAGAAUUCGAAACGUAGUGUUCAAUAUCUUCACGGGGAAGGGACAGGACAUGAUGUUUACGGUGUACGGGGAGCACUGGAGAAAGAUGCGGAGGAUCAUGACGAUGCCUUUUUUCACUAAUAAGGUGCUGCAGCAGUACGGGUACGGGUGGGAGGACGAGGUGGCACGCAUGGUGGAGGACGUGAAGAAGAACCCGGAGGCGGCAAGGAGUGGGAUCGUGUUGAGGAUGCGGCUGCAGUUGAUGAUGUACAACAACAUGUACAGGAUCAUAUUCGACAGCAGGUUCGAGAGCGAAGACGAUCCAUUGUUUGUGAGGCUCAAGGCUUUGAAUGGGGAGAGGAGUAGAUUGGCUCAGAGCUUUGAUUACAAUUAUGGGCAUUUCAUUCCCAUCCUCAGACCAUUCCUGAGAGGCUACUUGAAGAUCUACAAGGAGGUGAAAGAGUGGCGGUUGCAGCUCUUCAAGGACCAUUUUGUUGAGGAGAGGAAGUGCGUAGCGUACUCUUACCUCCUUAAUUAAUUAAUUUAAUUAAUUUCUUGCUGCCUCUGCUCAUACCUCAUUCAAUUAAUUACAACUUAAAAUGUAAAUGCAUGUACUGCUACAAAUUUAAUUAUAUGGACUUUAUUUAUAAUAUACUAAUUAAUGUAUGCAUGUACAAAUAUUCAGUUUUUUUUUUCUUUUUUUUUUUUCUCCUCAGCCAAUAAAGAACAAGCAUUGCA